GUGUGUAAUCGGAAGGGUAGACUGGAUUCAGAAACGGGGAAAACAGGAAUGUUUCUUCCGGUUCCAAAGAGUCAAGAAAAAAGCGAACGGAAGCCAAUGUGGUCUUUGUAGUCUGUCAGCGAACUCUUGUGUGCGGCUCAGCUCUGCUGCCAGCUUUGGUUUCCCCCCAACUGCAGGAAAAACCAUUGAGACAAGAGAGAGGCCUCUGACUCAAGAAGUGCAGCAGACCUCUGACUGCAUGUCUCAGAGCUCUGACCGACCCCCCUUCUCUUCCUUCUCCUCCUUCCACUUCUCCUCAAGGACCCGCAUUUCAACAUAACCAUAACUUCCAAACCUCCAGCCAGCUGCUUGCUACUUCAUCACAGGCGCGGUUGGUAAUUGCUCUCCCUGGGCUGAAGGAUUGACCAUCGUCCCCUGACUGGCCCCCGACUGGUGCUCUUUCAGUGGGGGAGGGAGGGGAAGGAAGGUAGUUGAACGCCGUGCCACUUUCCCUGGAGAUGAAGCUGCAGGCCGUCAUGGAGAACCUGCACAGGCAGCAGAGGGCCAAGCUGCUGAUGGAGCAGCAGCUACAGCAGCAAGCCGCCCAGCACACUCAAGUCCGCACAGGUGGAGGAGGAGGGGAUGAGCUGAUGGGGAGCCCGGCCCCUGAGGCGGAGCAGGCCCAGAUGGCAGCGCUAGCGGCCAUGCGCGCCGCGGCGGCCGGGCUACAGAGGGUGUCGGACAGCCCCAUGUCAGAGCGCAGCAGCGGCGGCGAGGAGGAGGGUGAGGAUGAUGAAAAUGAAGAAGGGGAGGAGCAAUACAAGGACAUGAUGGGGUCAGAUGAGGAAGAGCAGAUCAAACAGAAAUGGGACGAGGAGGACUUUGAAGGCGAGAUGGAAGAAGACUUUGACGAUGACCUGGCAGAGGAAGGUCUUCCAACGGGCCAUGAUGCUGUGGCCCCCGGCAAAGGUAUCCUCCUGUUGCCCCACCGCCAGCUUCACCCUCACUCCCAGCUGCUGAAGGCCCGCCCCAGUGUCGACCAGGAGCCCCGCGUAGCUAUCCUACCUCCCCACGCCACACAUGGCCAUCUUGGUGGGCAGGACCAUGGAGAAUGGACCUAUGAGGAGCAGUUCAGACAGCUGUAUGAACUGGAUGGAGACCCAAAAAGGAAGGAGUUUCUGGAUGACCUCUUCAGCUUCAUGCAAAAAAGAGGAACCCCUGUGAAUCGUAUUCCCAUCAUGGCCAAACAGGUCCUGGAUCUGUACAUGCUCUACAGGCUGGUAACAGAGAAGGGCGGCCUAGUGGAGGUCAUCAACAAGAAACUGUGGAGAGAGAUCACCAAGGGACUUAACCUGCCUACCUCAAUCACCAGUGCAGCCUUCACCCUUCGCACACAAUACAUGAAGUACCUGUACCCAUAUGAAUGUGAUAAGAGGGGUCUGAGCAACCCCAACGAGCUCCAGGCAGCCAUCGACAGUAAUCGGCGGGAGGGCCGACGACAGAGCUUUGGCAGCUCCCUCUUCACCUACUCACCCAAUGGGACACCCACCAUGCUGUCCUCGCCGAAGCUCCCCACGCCCAGUGUGGGCCUGACGGUGGGCACCAACGGGGCCUCACUGACCCCCAUCCAGAAGAUCAAGAAAGAAGAGGGAGGCCAGCCGCUGCCGGGAGUCGGUGUGGCUCGUUUGCCAGUGGGGGCCUUUGCGGGUCACUCGGUGGCUGCUGUGCAGGCAGCGGCAGCCCAGGCAGCGAUGGCAGCUCAGGUGGCAGCUCUGGAGCAGCUGAGGGACAAACUGGAGGCCGGCGAGCCUCCAGAGAAAAAGAUGGCGCUGCCGGCCGAGGAACAUCACCGACUGCUGCAGAGAGCGCUGCAACACAAUCUGCUGGCCAUGACCGCCCAGAUACCCAUGAACAUCCGCAUCAACAACCAAGACGGCAGGCAGGACUCAGCCCUGAACCUCACCACCAACGGCACAAACAGCAUCAGCAUGUCAGUGGAGCUCAAUGGAGUAGUGUACACUGGCGUUCUUUUUGCUCAGGCAGCAGCAGGGUUGGCCUCAUCUGGUGCGUCUGGAUUGUCUGUCUCCAACUCGGCAAUCAGCGGUCGUGCUGCCCCUCAGCAGCAGGAGAACACACCUACCUCAAUCUCAACCUCCAGCAACCCGUUGUCUUAACAAACCCACAGCCUUUCCCCUUUAUUUUUUUUUUUUUAUUUUUAUGUUUUUUUCAAAU